GUGGAAGACAACGCCAUGAAUAGAUCCCUAGCCAUCAUCCUCUUGGUGAUAAUUUGCUGCGGCAGCCUGGAGCUGCUUCAGGCCCGCUCCGUCCCACUGCCGGACAGGCCCCACAGGCGAUACGUGCGCCGACGGGUGGCACGCUACGACCCCGAUCUGGACAUUGUCGAGGUGAGGAACGUGUACUUCGUGCGGCGGCCCAAGAAGGUGGUGACACACCCAAUCGGCGAAGAGGAGAUGGAUAAGCGCAUGCGUUGCGACUUCGAGCCCCAUCGCAGUGAAUGCCAGGACCUCGGCGCGAUUCCAGCACCCCAAGCGCCCUCCACGACACCGAUCAGCGGUGACUCCAUGGAUCGGCGGAUCCGCUGCGACUUUGACCCCACAGCAGAUGAUUGCAAGACAGCAGCGGCUGGCACACAGCCACCGCCACGAAGCACCACACGUGCCACCACCACAAAGAGAAGCACCACACCAGCCACCACCACAACGAGCAACACCACACCAGCCACCACCACAACGAGAAGCACCACACCAGCCACCACCACAACCACCACGGAUUUGCCACUACUGCCCGAGCUGACGGAUCCCGAGGAGGUGGAGGAAGUGGUGGAGGAAGUGGUGGAGGAGCAGACGACCACAGAGGCUGACUACCAUCUUCCCGAAGAGGAUGACGACUAUAUAGAUGGAGACGAAAAGGGCGAUGACGACACGGGCCCCGAUGCGGAUGCGGACGAAGGCGCCACAGACGAACCGGAUGAGGAGGACGACUUCGACACUGAUCCAGACAAUGGAAAUAUUGGGCCUUUCGACGACGACAGCGUUUGGAAUUCACGCUAA